AUGACGAUAGAGCCGACGCAAUCACCGUCGGAGCCGGAGGUUCACUCUGGCGAGGACUUCGUUCACAUCGAAGACCCCAGGCCUACCGGCGAUAUCUCGUUGAGCGAUAGCAUAGUGAAUGUGGAGAAGGAGGAACUGCUAGACGCCGAGGCGGAGGAGGAGGAAUUUAAAGACUCCGAUUCCGUUGUUAUCGGCGGCGAUGAAGCUGGUCGUUCUGGUGAUGGCGGAGAGGGAAUCGACGGUGUUGGAGCGGAUGAUGGUGCGUGUUCAUCGGCAACGGCGAAAAUGGAGUUACCGGAGGAAUUGGCGAAAAGCGUUGUGAUUCUGACGUGUGAGUCUACAGGGAAAGGCGGAUCUUGCGAUGUGUAUUUGAUCGGGACUGCUCAUGUAUCAAAGGAAUCAUGUCGAGAAGUUGAAGCAAUAGUUAGCUUCUUGCAACCAGAGGUUGUAUUUGUGGAGUUGUGUUCAAGCAGAUUGUCUGUUCUCAAACCUCAGAAUUUGAAGGUUCCAACCAUGUCGGACAUGAUAGAAUCUUGGAAGCAGAAACAGAACACAUUCGGAAUACUUUAUGGAUGGUUUCUUGCAAAGAUCGCCAGUCAGCUUGAGGUUCUUCCUGGUGCGGAGUUUCGUGUGGCAUAUGAAGAGGCAAUGAAAUAUGGUGGCCAGGUGAUACUUGGUGAUCGUCCCGUACAGAUCACGUUAAAAAGAACAUGGGCGAAGAUGCCUCUAUGGCACAAGGUAAAGUUUCUAUACUCCUUCCUGUUUCAAGCUGUCUUCUUGCCGAGCCCUGAAGACCUCAAUAGAAUGCUGAAAGAAAUGGACAAUUUGGAUAUGGUGACUUUGGUGAUUCAAGAAAUGAGCAAGGAAUUUCCAUCUCUCAUGGAUACACUUGUGCAUGAGCGAGACCAGUACAUGGCAUCCUCUUUGCUGAGAGUUGCAAGUGAGCAUAGUUCGGUUGUGGCGGUUAUCGGGAGAGGGCAUAUUCAUGGAAUCAAGAAGAAUUGGAAGCAACCUAUAACGAUGAAAGAUCUAAUGGAGAUACCGAGCGACGAAUCGGUAUUUACGGUGAAGAGGAUAAUAUCAUCAGUGGCAAUUGCAGUUGCAGGAACAGCUAUAGUUUCGGGUAUAUUUCUUGCAAGAAGAAGGUGA